AUGUCCACUGGAUCGGAUAUUGAGGUUGCUGCCAAUGGCGGCCUGGCCGUGGAGCCGGCACGACGUGUCAAUCAAGCCCAGAAGACCAUGUGGCAGUCGCUUCGACACAACCCCAAGGUCCUUUUCAUUGCCUUUUUUGCUUCAUUGGGUGGCUUCGAAUAUGGCUACCAGCAGGGCGUCCUGGGCCAAUCCCUGGUCAUGACUCGCUUCAAGGAAAACUUCCCUGCAGUCGUCAACUCCUCCUCAGCGACGGGCUGGUUGACAUCCGUUCUCCAGCUCGGCGGUAUCGUCGGCUCUCUGUCCGCCGGCGUGCUGGGCGAAAUCAUCUCCCGCAAGUACACAAUGUUCAUCGCCUGUCUCUGGGUCAUCCUGGGCAGCUACCUCUACGUCGGUGCCCACGAGGGCAUGUCCUCCCUUCUCUAUGCCGGUCGAUUCUUCACCGGUCUCGGUGUCGGUCUCUUCAGCGGCGUCGGCCCUCUUUACAACGCCGAGCUUUCGGCUCCCGAGAUGCGAGGGCUGCUGGUCUCUUUCUAUCAGUUCGCCACCAUUCUCGGAAUCAUGCUUUCUUUCUGGGUCGGAUACUGCAGCAACUUUAUUGGCGGAACCGGCGAGUCUCAGUCCGACCUUGCUUGGAGACUCCCGUCCAUCAUCCAGGGAAUCCCAGCUGUCCUUCUUGCCAUUGGCAUCUGGUUCAUGCCCUUUUCUCCCAGAUGGCUUGUCAAGGUCGGCCGAGACGAAGAGGCCAAGAAGACCAUGGCUUGGAUGCGAAAGCUGCCCGAGGAUGACGAGCUUGUUCAGAUCGAGUUCCUCGAGGUCAAGGCCGAGAGUGUCUUUGAGAGACGCGUCUUUGCACGAGACUUCCCCAACCUGGCGGCCAAGAAGAAGAGCGCCUUUAUCGAGCAGUUUGCCCAGUAUGCCAGCUGCUUCAACUCCAAGGAUAACAUUAAGCGAGUCUUGACCGGCUUCUUCAUCAUGUUUUUCCAGCAGUGGAGUGGAAUCGACGCCAUUAUUUACUACGCGACCAACAUCUUCAUCACCCUGGGUUUGACUGGAGGCACAACAGCACUGCUCGCCACUGGUGUCACUGGUGUCGUCUUCAUCGUCAGCACCGUACCUGCCAUGUUGAUUAUUGACAGAGUCGGUCGAAAGCCCAUGCUUAUUGUUGGCUCGAUUGUCAUGGCUGUCAGCAUGAUCAUUGUCGGUAUAAUCGUUGCCAAGUUCCGCCACGAUUGGCCCAACCACGUUGCUGCUGGCUGGGUUGCUGUUGCUCUAAUCUGGGUAUACAUUGCCGGUUUCGGUGCUACCUGGGGACCCGUCUCCUGGACUCUCGUCUCCGAAAUCUUCCCUCUCUCCAUCCGCGCCAAGGGUGCUUCCAUUGGUGCCAUGAGCAACUGGCUCAACAACUUCGCCAUUGCCUUCUUCGUGCCUCCCAUGCUUUCAGCUUGGGCUUGGGGCACCUACAUUUUCUUCUCCGUCUUCCUCAUUGCUGGCAUCUUUGCUGUCUGGUUCUUCCUCCCCGAGACCAAGAACGCAACCCUGGAGGACAUGGACCGAGUGUUCAAGAGCCGUACUGGCGAGAGAGAUGCUCAGCUCCUGAGAGAGGUCCAGGAGGAGGUUGGCCUUGUUGCUCUCGUUGAAGCUCACACGGCAGCUCUGUACGAGAAGAAGGAUAUCCACGAGUCACAGAUUGAGAAGCUGUAAGCGAGACAGCAGAUGGGAUGGAGAUGUGUGUUUGUGUGUGUGUGUGUGUGUGUUAUAACAGUAAUGAAUGCUACAGAGUACUAAUAGCCAUGAUGAUUUUGGACGCAACUGCUUGCUUGAGGGUCUGGUUUGAGAGCAAGGAAAACCCAGCUGCAGAAAUAGGAGAUGUAUAGGAGUAAAAAUAUACCCACGACAAAUAAUUACUUAAUA